AUGCCUGACGAGACCACUGGCCUGUUGGGUGCGGGCACCCGGAAUCACCGGUACGACGCCGCGGCAGUAGGUUCAGAGGAUCCAGACACCGGUGCAUCCUCGAGGAAAGAUUCGUGGGACGGUUACAAGGAGUACGAACACCUGCCGUGGCACAGGAGGCCCACUGUCUACUGGUUAAUACCGCCAUAUGCGCUCUUCACCCUGGCAUUUGGCGGUUCCAUCGUGCCCAAGCUCAACCUGAUCAUCGACCUGGUCUGCCAGCGUUAUUUUGCUGAGCAGACCAUGCACGAUGGCCACUUCAUGGUGGCCCCUGUGGUACUAGGCGGCGACAACCCGCAGUGCAAGAGCCCCGAGGUCCAGCAGCAUGUCGCCGCGUUCACCCUCGUGCUCAACGUCCUCGUCGGCUCCCUCAGCGCCUACACGGCGCCCAAGAUCGGCUCCCUCUCCGACCGUUAUGGCCGCAAGAAGCUGCUAGCCCUCGCCUCCUUCGGCGGUGUCAUGGCCGAGAUUGUCACCAUCUGCGCCGCCAGGUUCCCCGACGUCAUCCACUACAGGUGGCUGCUCCUAGGCUUUGCCUUCGACGGCCUCGCUGGUUCCUUUACCGCCGGCUCUGUGCUCAGCCACUCGUACACUAGCGACUGCACGCCUCCCUCCAAGCGCGGCGUCGCCAUCGGCUACCUGCACUCGUGCCUGUUCAGCGGCCUGGCCUUUGGCCCCCUGAUCGCCGGUUAUUUUGUCAAGUGGACCGGCUCCCUCUUGUCUGUCUUCUACGUUACCCUGGGCUGCCACAUCUUCUUCAUCUUGUGUGUCAGCUUUGUCAUCCCCGAGUCCGUCUCCCGGCGCCGCCAGCUGCUUGCCCGCGAGAGGCACGCCGCCGAUGUAGAGAAGCGCGACAGGCGCACCCGCGACCGUUGGUUCUGGUCCAUAUUUGCUACCCCCAAGUAUGCCAACCUCAUCGCCUCCAUCCGGUCGGCCAACCCCUUCGAGCCGCUCAAGGUGCUUGCGCCCAGGGGCCCGGAGAACGCCCGCGUGCGCCGGAACCUAGUGCUCCUGGCCCUUACGGACAUGGUGAUUCUCGGCGCGGCCAUGAGCUCGGGCCAGGUGACGCUGCUGUACAGCGAGUACAUCUUUGGCUGGGGCAAUUUCGAGACCUCGCGCUUCAUCUCCCUCGUCUCCAUGGUGCGCGUCUUCGUCCUUCUCGCCAUCUUUCCCGUCGUCAACUACCUCUUCCGCACCCGCCCCGCCGCCAACCGCCGCCGCGUUUCGGGCCCCAUUGUCGAGAGCAAUGCCGGCGCCGACGAUCUCGAUGUGUGGAUCCUGCGCUUUGCUAUUUUUUCGGACGUUAUUGGCUUGGCCGGAUACAUCUUCGCGCGCACAGAGGCCCUCUUUGUACUAAGCGGCGUCGUCACUGCUUUUGGCGGCCUUGGCUCGGCUACCAUCCAGAGCAUGCUUUCCAAGCACAUGCCUGCCGAGCGAACUGGAGCCGUAUUAGGCGCCGUUGGCCUGCUGCACGCCCUCUCCAGGAUCAUCUCCCCCGUCGUCUUCAACGGGCUAUAUGCGGCUACGGUGAAGACGUUCCCGCAGGCCGUAUUUGUUGCACUGACCAGCCUAUUUCUUGUGAUUCUUGUUCUGUCGACCAUGGUGCGGCCACAUGGUGAGCCCCCCCCCCCUCCUCUCCUUUUUUCUUUCUCUUUCACUUCCCCACUAUCCCUUCAACAAGAUCUCGGCUGA